CUCUCCAGCAACACCAUGUCCCUCUCAGUGCGCACCUCUGGGCUGCCCCGGCGGCUGUCUUCCCAGAGCGGGACGUCGGGCAGAGUCUGGGGCAUGUCUGCUUCCAGUGCUGGCGGUGGCUAUGGGGGGAGCGCCUUCGGCUUGGGAAGCAGCUGCGGGGGAGGCUUUUCUGCUGCUUCCAUGUUUGGCUCCAGCUCUGGCUUUGGUGGCGGCUCUGGAGGUUCGUGUGCAGGAGGACUGGGCACUGCUUAUGGGGGAGCCCUGGGAGGGGGCUUUGGAGGCCUGGUGGUUGGAUUCGGGGCCAGCCCAGGAGGUGGCUCUCUGGGUGUUCUCUCUAGCAACGAUGGAGGCCUUCUUUCCCGAUCAGAAAAGGAAACCAUGCAAAAUCUUAAUGACAGAUUAGCUUCCUACCUGGAUAAGGUGCGCGCUCUAGAGGAGGCUAAUACUGAGCUAGAAAACAAAAUUCGAGAAUGGUAUGAAACACGAGGAUCUGGAACUGUAGACCCCGGGUCACAGAAUGAUUACAGUAAAUACUAUCCAUUGAUCGAAGACCUCAGGAAUAAGAUCAUUUCUGCCACCAUUGGGAAUGCCCAGCUCAUCUUGCAGAUCGACAAUGCAAGACUGGCUGCCGAAGACUUCAGAAUGAAAUAUGAGAACGAGCUGGCCCUGCGCCAGAACGUGGAGGCCGACAUCAACGGCCUGCGCAGGGUGCUGGACGAGCUGACCCUGGUUAGAGCCGACCUGGAGAUGCAGAUUGAGAACCUCAAGGAGGAGCUGGCCUACCUGAAGAAGAACCAUGAGGAGGAGCUCCAAAGCUUCCGGGCAGACGGCCCAGGCCAGGUCAGCGUAGAAAUGGACGCUGCCCCCGGAGUGGACCUCACCAGGCUCCUCAACGACAUGAGGGCGCAGUAUGAAGCCAUCGCAGAGCAGAAUCGUAAGGAUGCAGAAGCCUGGUUCAUUGAAAAGAGCGGGGAGCUCAGGAAGGAGAUCAGCACCAACACCGAGCAACUCCAGUCCAGCAAGAGCGAGGUCACCGACCUGAGGCGCGCCUUUCAAAAUCUGGAGAUUGAGCUCCAGUCCCAGCUUGCCAUGAAGAAAUCCCUGGAGGACUCGUUGGCCGAAACCGAGGGCGACUACUGCGGCCAGCUGUCGCAGCUGCAGCAGCUCAUCGGCAGCCUGGAGGAGCAGCUGCUCCAGGUGCGCGCGGACGCCGAGCGCCAGAACGCCGACCACCGGCGGCUGCUGGACGUCAAGCACCGCCUGGAGCUGGAGAUCGAGACCUACCGCCGCCUGCUGGACGGCGAGGCCCAAGGUGAUGUUUUGGAUGAAAUUACAUCUGUGACAGACUCCAAAUCUCAAGCACAGUCAACUGAUUCCUCUAAAGACCCAACCAAAACCCGGAAAAUCAAGACAAUUGUGCAGGAAGUGCUGAACGGUGAGGUGGUCUCAUCCCAGGUUCAGGAAAUCGAAGAACUAAUGUAAAAUUUCAC